AUGUACAAGAGAUUAGACACCGAGGAAGGACAAAACAACAUCUUCAGGCUAGCAAAAUCAAGGGAGAAUAGGAAAAAAGAUCUAUGUAGCAUUAAGUUUAUUAAGGACAACAAUGAUGAAGCCAUUUUCAUAGUUGUUGCUGCAAUUCUUCAUCUUGGAAACAUUGUUUUUGCUAAAGAAAAGGAAGCUGAUUCAUCACUUCCAAAAGAUGACCAGGCUAACUUCCAUCUGCAAACAACAGCAGAGCUUCUCAUGUGUGAUGCUAAGGCCUUAGAAGAUGCAUUGUGUAAGCGUGUUAUGGUCACACCCGAGGAGGUUAUAAAGAGAAGUCUCGAUCCUCAAAGCGCUACAAUUUGCGGGGAUGGCUUGGCUAAAACACUUUAUUCACGAUUGUUUGACUGGUUGGUGAAUAAAAUUAAUAAUUCAAUAGGACAAGAUCCAAACUCAAUUUUUAAUAGGAGUCCUCGACAUCUACGAAAACUACCUUUUAAAUCAGUUAAGAAGAAUUGUGACUUCAUUCGUGGUAUCUCACUGUGCAGCUUCGAGCAGUUCUGUAUUAACUUCACAACUGAGAAGUUGCAACAGCAUUUCAAUCAGCAUGUGUUUAAGAUGGAGCAAGAAGAGUACACAAAAGAGAAGAUCAAUUGGAGCUACAUCGAGUUUGUUGAUAAUCAGGAUGUCCUAGACCUUAUUGAAAAGAAGCUUUAUCAGACGUUUAAGGACCACAAGAGAUUCAUUAAGCCGAAACUGUCUCGCACUGAUUUCACCAUUGCUCAUUAUGCUGGAGACGUCCAAUACCAAUCUGAUCAAUUUCUGGACAAAAACAAGGAUUAUGUGGUUCCUGAACAUCAAGACUUGUUGAGUGCUUCCAAAUGUUCGUUUGUAGCAGGACUUUUCCCUCCACUUCCAGAAGGAACAUCAAAAUCAUCAAAGUUUUCCUCAAUCGGUUCUCGUUUUAAGCUACAACUACAAUCUUUAAUGGACACAUUAAAUUCUAAGGAACCUCACUACAUCCGAUGUUUAAAGCCGAACAACCUACUUAAACCUGCUAUAUUGAAAAUGUCAAUGUCAUGCAACAGCUUCGCUGCAGUGUGAAUUGAUUAGAACUGGUUUGUAAAAAUUAUCUUUUCUUGUUGCUUAGAUGUUUUCCUUUUAACUAGAAGUUGGUCUUUUAGGGUGUUCUAGAGGCAAUCAGAAUCAGUAUGGCCGGAUAUCCAACUCGAAGACCUUUCUUUGAAUUCAUUAGCCGAUUCGGGAUACUUCUUCCCGAGGACUGUAAAUGAUCAAGAAGGAACUCACAACAUAAACCCUGAGGGAAACAAGCAACUAUUGCAGGGUGAAGAAGGUGCUUCAAAAUGUCCAUGGAGUACUUUCUGCAACAAGUUUCGAAAGGGCGAAAAUGUGGAUUCAUUGGUGACUAUGGCUUGGUAACAAUGAUUCCUUUGUUCGUGAUUUCGACAUGGCUGGUUCGGUGAUUUCUCUUAUUACACUUUCUAACAAGAGGACUGUAUUUUCUAGCUUUGGUAUAUCUUUUCUUUUAACAACUACAAACCAAGCUUCUCCUAUGCUAUGGCUAGGCAGAAAUGCUUCUUUU